AUGGACAUCCUUGAGACUCACGCCUAUCACAGGCGGCAGAGGAGAAAUAAGUCCUGUGCUCUCUUUCUGUCUCUCUUGCCUUUCUUUUUGUCUGCAGCUCUGUACUUCUACCUUUGGACUCCUGAUUCGCCCCCGUCCAUCAUGUCUGCAGGUGUCAAAUCUGCACCGGUACUCCUAUUGGCUGCAGCGGUGCUGAGCUGGAAUGGAGGUCAGAGUGUCCUAGGUGUGGUGGGAGGACUGGUCUUCUCUGCUGUUGGUGACUGCUGCCUGGUGUGGCCUGAGCUUUUUCUGCACGGAAUGGGUGCAUUUGCUGUGGCUCAUCUGUUGUACUCAGUUUCCUUCCUGUCCAGUCGUUACACAAAAAACUCCUCUUCCUGCUGGAGCCGUUUUCUCUAUCUGAUCCUGUUUAUGGUUGGAGGAGGUUAUUACAUAUUUCUAUUUCCAUUUCUGCAAAAGGACCCAAACUCUGAAGUGCUAACUCCAGCUGUUGGAGUCUACUUUGUCUUAAUUACUCUAAUGGGUCUAUUAGCAGUUAGAACUGGCAACAUAGCAACACUUUUGGGAAGUCUGAGCUUCAUGGUAUCCGACGCAACGCUGUCUCUGCAAGUUUUUAAGGUGGUGGCACCAAUGCAGCACGGUACUACUGUUGUAAUGGUGACCUAUUAUCUGGCACAGCUUCUAAUCGCUGUGGGUGACAUGCAAGCAGUAGAGGACACAGAUGACUUUUCAAAAUGGAAGAGGUCCUAA